UUUUAUAACGCGAAAACGUGCCCUACAGUAUUCAUACUCCCAUCCGCCGAGAGAGCGACGGUCGGCCGUAUCUAUUCUCACAGAAUUUUCCCUGCGCUGCCGCCGGUGAGCUGCUGUUUGUGCUGCCAGAUAAUUUUCUCUUUCCAAUUCCUAUAAAACAUGAGGCCGAUUUUGAUGAAAGGGCACGAGAGGCCCCUCACUUUUCUCAAGUACAAUAGAGAUGGAGAUCUGCUUUUCUCCUGUGCUAAGGACCACAAUCCCACCGUUUGGUUCGCCGACAAUGGCGAGCGCCUCGGCACCUACCGUGGCCAUAACGGCGCUGUUUGGUCCUGCGACAUUUCCAGGGAUUCCUCAACACUUAUAACUGGAAGUGCAGAUCAGACUGCAAAGAUAUGGGAUGUGAAAACAGGAACUCCGCUCUUCACAUUUAAUUUUGAUUCACCAGCUAGGUCUGUUGAUUUUGCGGUUGGUGAUAAGCUUGUAGUCAUAACUACAGAUCCUUUCAUGGGAUUGUCAUCUGCCAUCCACAUUAAACCAGUUGCUGCAGAUCCGGACGACCAGACUGGUGAAUCAAUUCUCGUUCUUAAAGGUCCGCAGGGAAGAAUCAACAGAGCAGUUUGGGGACCUCUGAACAAGACAAUCAUAAGUGCUGGUGAAGAUUCAAUAAUUCGUGUCUGGGAUUCGGAGACUGGGAAAUUAUUGAAAGAGUCUGACAAGGAGGACGGGCACAAAAAACCUAUUACAUCACUCUCAAAAGCCACAGAUGUUUCACAUUUUCUCACUGGUUCCUUGGACAAGUCUGCCAAGCUUUGGGAUUCAAGGACACUGACACUUAUCAAGACCUACGUGACAGAACGUCCAGUAAAUGCAGUUGCAAUGUCUCCACUUCUUGAUCAUGUGGUUCUUGGAGGUGGUCAGGAUGCAUCAUCUGUUACCACCACUGAUCAUCGUGCUGGAAAGUUUGAGGCAAAAUUCUAUGACAAGAUCCUUACAGAAGAAAUUGGAGGUGUGAAAGGCCAUUUCGGACCCAUAAACGCCUUGGCAUUUAAUCCCGAUGGAAGAAGUUUCUCGAGCGGAGGUGAAGAUGGAUAUGUGAGGUUGCACCAUUUUGAUCAAGAUUACUUCAAUAUCAAGAUUUAAAGAGGAAGAACUCCGUCUGUGGUAGUAAUUUUAUCUCCAAAUUGGGGUCAUGAUAUUUCUGUUGGAGCCAAAAUACACUAGAUUUUACUUACCAAAUUUAUUGUAUUCUCAAUCUGGAUUUCGUAGUUUCUUUUUUUGGCUGAAGUUAGCACUCCGGUUGGUAGGUAUAUUUUAUGACGGACCAUCAAAAACUCCGAGCAAAAAGAAACCUAUGUACUUUACAUAUUUGCGCAAACACAAGUAUUUUGACGCCUCGCUGCGACAUUUGUUUUCAAUUAGUUUUUUUUUUUU